AGUCGACAGCAAAAGAUGAAAGAGUGCUCAUCACGCGGCAUUUGGUGUCUGCUCAGUGUUGUAAUCGAUCAGCGUCUUCGAAUUGACACCUGUCGAUAUCUAAUCGAGAUUUUAUCACGUCGCAUUACAGGCGAUUAAGAUCCCCCUUAGUAACAGUUAACUGUGUAAAAACUUGUGCAAUUUAAUCAGAGUGGCAAUCUCUAUAUUCCAUAUUUGGUUAGACCUGUUCCCACAUCUAUGGAGUUUCAUCUAGACAGUGCAGAAUACUGCCAGGCACA